CCUCAAAGCGCCACGGUGCCCGAAGACCCAGGUGGGAGCAGUACUGAGGCCUGAGCAUGGAGCUGCCGGAUCCGGUCCGCCAGCGGCUGGGAAACUUCAGCCGGACCGUGUUCAGCGACUCCAACCGGACCGGGCCGGAGUAUAGCGAGGGUCCGGAUAAUGAAAUGGUUUCCAGUUUGGCAUUGCAGAUGUCACUUUAUUUUAACACUUACUUUUUCCCACUUUGGUGGGUGAGCAGCGUUAUGAUGCUUCAGAUGAAGUAUUCAAUCUUGCCUGAUUACUACAAAUUCAUUGUGGUCACUGUUAUCAUCUUGAUAACCUUAAUUGAAGCAAUCAGGUUAUAUCUGGGCUACAUGGGGAACCUGCAGGAGAAGGUUCCUGAGUUGGCUGGCUUUUGGCUUUUGAGCCUUUUAUUGCAGUUGCCUUUAAUUCUUUUCUUGCUCUUUAAUGAAGGCCUAACAAAUCUGCCCUUGGAAAAAGCAGUACAUAUCAUCUUCACUAUAUUCCUUACUUUCCAAGUUGUUUCCGCAUUUCUUACCCUAAGGAAAAUGGUAAAUCAGUUGGCAACUCGUUUCCAUCUUCAAGACUUUGACCAGCUCUCUACAAGCAGAGGAAGCAUGAGAAGAAUGAGACCCUGUAUAGAAGAGAUUUGACCUAGUGCUUUUUUCAGAGUGAAAAUCUGAAAGAUCAUUCUAGAAGACUGUGGGAGUUAGGAAAUUUGCAAAGAAGGCUAGCAUGAGAAAAGGACAAAGCAAGUGUUUUGAAUUGUGUACUCUCAGAGUUCUCUUGUGGCAUACCAGUUUGAAGAUACAGCAUUGUCACUGCAGCAGGUUGGUCCACUGCUAUGGCACAGGUUCAUUCCCUGGCCUGGGAACUUCCGCAUGCCUGCCAGCCCAGCCCAAAAAACAAAAAAAAGCUGAAUUGUAUACUCUCUAGCUCUGAAAGGCCAAGGUUGUACAGUACAUGAAAGCAAUAAAUCAGCCCUAAAGCCUAGAUGUUAUCUACCUGAUGCCAAAUAUCUUAAUUUCAUUGUUGUCAACUUUUUCCGAUGUGUAGAAAUCUGUAUUGGUGGUAUUACAUACAUCUUUACUGUAAUAUUUCUAGUUAGUACCUGUAACUAGAAAUGUGUGUAUUUCUUUUUAUCUUGUUGGCUGUCCGUAUCUUAGCGGUACAUCUGAAGCACAUGGAAAUGCUUGUCAAUAUUCUGAUAUAUUAGACUACAUUUGUAAGCUAAGACACCAACUUUUCCUGUCUGCUAGGGUCUUGGCUGUUAUACUGAGGUUAAGAAGAAAACAGGUACAUUACCAUGGUAUUUAGGAAGUAUUUUUAUCCUAAAAUUGUAACUUUCAGAAACCACAUUCAGUAUUUAUGGCAGUAGUGUGCAAAAUGUCUUUGCAAUAAAUUAUAAAAUAUUUAUGUCAAA